CUCUGUUUGUUUUUGGUUUCGAUAGGAAAUCGGCUAUUUUUGUACAUCUCUAAAAGCGACUACAGAGAUGAAGUCUCCUAAUCAUUACACUUCUCAGAUUUUAAUAGUAUUACAGUUGAAUAUUACAGCAUAAAGGAUUGCUCAGUGAACUACUUCCUGGUAAUAUAUGUACUGUAUGUUUGAAAAGUAAAUUUUCAAGCUAUGAGUGAUAACGAAAAAAAUGCGUCUACCGAGGACGACACGGAAGAAAGCUUUUCUCAGCUGCCUUUGAUUAAAACUCGUGUCCGGAAGAGCCUAAAUGAGCUUCGACAUCCCAGGCAAAAGUUUUGUGCUCGUUGGGAAAGAGAUUUCCCAUGGCUUAAGGCGGAUAAAGUAGAUGAAUCUGUUGGUAUAUGUACCGUGUGUAACAAGCACCUGGUGUGUAAAAAAAGUCAUUUGGAGCGCCAUCAGAAAUCAUAUAAACAUCAGAGACUUCAGAACUACGAAUCCUUCGAUGCAGAAUGCGAACCAUCGCAAACAAAUGAACCUGAAUUUAUGGAGUGCGGAAAGCGGGAAUUCGGGCAAGCUGAGCAGGAAUUUGGUCAGGCGAUUGAAUUAGAUCCAGACUACAAUGUAGAUCGAGAUCCUGAUAGAAAAUUUAAGAGGAAUUCUGCAAGUAAACUAAAGCCGCAAGAGCAACAAUCAACCACGAAUUGUUCUAUUUUAGCUGAAGGCAUCACAAAUAAGAGUUUCAAGUUAGACCGUUUCAAAUUGCUCAAGCGUGUCGAUCGCGACCGUAAUGCUCUCAAUGAGUAUUACCUAAUUCGCAAAAGGCAGCAUUCGCCACUAAUUCAACCAUGCAGGGAUACAUUCGACUUAUUUUUUGAUAGCGUCUGUGCAACUGUGAAGUCACUACCACCGAAAUUAGGUGCUGAGGUGAAGGGUCGAAUUUCUCAGUUGAUAGCCGAAUUUGAGUUGCGUGCGAUAUGUGAACGAGAAGCUCAAGAAGCCACUUCAUUACCUUCAACAACAUCUGAAAAUUCUACAAUGGUAGUUGGUGCAACUACUACUCUUCAACAAGAAACCACACCAUCGGUAACACAGGAGUCAGCGGUUAUAGAUCCGACUACUGGAGUUCCACAUAUCGUUUACACAUUCCAGCCUAAAGGAGAAUGAUUUCACAGUUAAGAUACUAGCAUGAAAAUUGUGGGAGAGAGUAAAUGUCCACCUAAUUUAUUUUCUCUAUCGAAAGUAAAUGUUAGUCGUGAGUAUUUUAAUUAAAUUCUUUGAAACAAAAAGCAUUGAAUUUCCGCGUCGUAUAGUUUAUAUUAUAAUCAUUUCAAUUCUCUUUAGUGUGUAUAAUUAUACCAAACCGACAUUUUGAAAGCUUGUAGAUAAUUAAAACGCAUAAAAUAUUUCAACAGUUU